CUCUCUAUUAAUAAUCACCAUCUAAUAGUAGUUUUGAAGACACGUUGUAUUGUGUCAUAAUUUCUACUGGAAAUAUGCUAAAAACGUUUUGUAUCAUUCUUUCUUUUCGUUUUCUCGUCGCCAGUGAUUAUGGAACAAGCGCAGACCUUCUACAGAGUAUUUCCAAACGCUUGGACAACCUAGAAUCAAAGCUCCGGCAGCAAGCAUACAAUAAUGCCGAUCUACGAAAGACUGUGACAGACGUUCAAGAGGAGAACCAACAACUUAAAAACCAGAUCAAUGUUCUUCAGGCACGCGACCAAGCACAUGAGAACGAAAUAGACGAUCUCCAAAAGCAAGUGAAAGUAUUGGUUGCACGUGACCAGGAACGCAGUAACGAAAUAAAAGAACUCCUCACUUAUACCACACAGCUUACAAGGAAAGAUGGACCUGCGAUUCAAAAGGAUGAUAACAAAGAUGACAUCAAACAACUGGAAAAACAGAUUACAGAACGUAGUUCUAGGCAAAGUGUGAGGCACAUAUACCGACGAGAAAAUGAAUUGAAUGUUGCUUUCUUCUCUGCUCUGGGUAACCAUCUACAUCAUCUCGGUGCCAGUCAAAAUGUCGUAUUCGACCGUGUCAUAACCAACUUGGGCAAUGCUUACAACAACCACGCAGGGGACUUCAGAGCACCUGUUGCCGGAACUUACGUGUUUUCCGUCACGCUAAUGGCCUAUUCAACACAUACCACACAUUACAAUCUUGUUCAAAACGGCACAACUGUGGCCAAUAUUUAUGUCCGUGGUUUAGAAUCGCCAUACGCAAGUUCAAGUAUGACAGCAGUUCUUCAACUGAAGCAAGGGGAGGAUGUCGCCAUCAGGAACGUUGACACAGAUCAGUCUCUGCAUGGUUCUUAUUACAGCACAUUUUCUGGUUUUCUUCUAAAUCAAGAUUAUUCGAGUUCUGCUAUAGUUGGGAAAUAAACAUUACUGCAUUUACGAAAACCAAAGUUUUAAUACAAUAUUCUGUUGCAAUAAUAAAAUGUAUCUAUUUA